AUGGAGAGCAAGAUUCGGCUAGACGACUUGAGCACGCCUCCUGGCACACCGACAGAGCCAAGUGACCACGGGUACGCUUUCAAGCAAUAUGAGUCGCACAUGCCGUCUCUGAAGAGCGACAGGGUCGGCGGCGAUCCAGUGGACCUUAUUCAGUCCGCUGACCUCAAGGGGGAUGGCAACAAUAACAACCCGUCCACCAUGUUCAUCUCGCUGUACAACCAGCGUUCGAGCACCCCCAUCGGGUACGUGCUGGCGGCUGCGGGAAUCGGCAUCGGCCUGGGUGUCCUGUUCGCACAUCUGAAGCUGGACGACAGCUACGCCAAGUGGAUUUCAAUGCCCGGAGACCUCUUCGUCGCCGCGCUGAAGUGCUUGAUCGGGCCCAUGGUGUUCUGCAGUAUCGUCGGCUGCAUCGGGCAGCUCGUGGAAGCGGGGAAGGCUGCGUCUAUCGGCGGGCGCAUCAUUAGCUACUUUGCGCUCUGCUCGUUGGUGUCCUCGGGCAUGGGCGUCCUGUUUGGCGUGUUGUUCUCGCCCUUCUUCAUCCAGCAGAUGAAAGGGGACGACACCGAUGUGGUGGCGGAGCUUCGGCUGCACUGCUGGAACGGCAACGUGCUCGCGAUGACAAAAGCUGGCGGCUUGGCCUGUGUGAAGGACACGAACGCGACCGCGUUGACGAGUCUCUUGGCGCUCAAUGAUACCAACACCAACUUCGCUACUACCACCGAGACGUACACCAACAUGGACGUCUCGCAGCAGCUAUUCUCCAUUCUGAACGAGAUCAUCCCGUCCAACAUGAUGACGACCUUCUCGAGUUCGUCCACCAUGGGCGUCAUCACGCUAGCCAUCUUCUUCGGCGUUGCGUCGGUCAUCAGCCACGAGCGCACGCGUGGGCAGCUCGCAGCGGGCGGCGGCCCAGCGGGUACAGCCAAGACGGACAUCGACGUGAACCACCUGCUGCUGCUCAUCAACCACGCCGGACUCGUGAUCCAGCUCAUGAUCAACGCGGUGGUGGCGCUCAUCCCGUUCGCCAUCGUGUCCAUGAUCGCCGGCUCCAUGGCGCAGUACACGUCCUCGAUGGACCUGGUGGAGAGCGUGGGCUUCCUCAUCGUGGCGCUGACGCUGGCGCUGACCACGCUCACGUACGGCGUCAUGGGCGCGGCGCUGUUCGUGACCACGCGCGUGAACGUGUUCAAGUACCUGCGCCACAUCAUCCCGGCCCAAGUCUUUAUCUUCGGCUGCUCGUCGUCCAUCGCGACGCUGCCCAUGACCAUGCGCUGCGUGGACUCGACCCGCGAGGUGUCGUACGCGCUGUCGCGCUUCCUGCUGCCCCUGGGCGCCACCAGCAACCUCAACGGCAGCGCGUGCUACAUGACGCUGGCCUGCGUCUUCAUGGCCCGAGUCAGCGGCUACGGAGAGCUGCUCACGCCGCUGCGCUACGCGCUGCUGGGGCUCGUGGGCGCCAUCGCGUCCUUCGGUGUGGCGCCCGUGCCGCACUCGGGGCUCGUCAUGGCCAUCACGGUCUGGCACACGGUCUUCAACAUGGACGUGCCGGCGCCGGUCUUCUCGCUGCUCGUGGGCGCCGACUGGCUGCUCAACCGCCUGCGCGCCGUCGUCAACAUCACCAACGACACGAUCCUGCUCCGCAUCAUCGCGGCGCAGUGCGACGAGACCACCAUCUCGGAGCUCGAGCACGAGGCGCAGGCCUGA